CGGCCGCUACUCACCGGCACCGGCGGGAGGGCGCGGCGCCGCCCGCGCUCCCGGGACAAAGCGCGGCCAUGAGCCGGCUGUAGGCCCCCGGGACCCAGCCGCCGCUCCGCUCCCCCUCGGCCGCCGCGGGGGCUCGGAGGGGGGGGUGGUUGUUCUUCUGGUUGCCGGCGGCGCGGGGUGGAUGCCGGCUGCGGCCGGCCGCGCCCGGCACCAUGCACACCGUGCAGAAGGACACCACCUUCACCAAGAUCUUCGUCGGGGGGCUGCCCUACCACACCACCGACUCCUCCCUCAGGAAGUACUUCGAGGUCUUCGGGGACAUCGAGGAGGCGGUGGUGAUCACCGACCGGCAGACCGGCAAAUCCCGGGGAUACGGCUUUGUGACCAUGGCAGACAGAGCAGCAGCUGAAAGAGCGUGCAAAGACCCAAACCCCAUCAUUGAUGGCAGGAAAGCGAAUGUGAACCUGGCAUAUUUGGGAGCAAAACCAAGAAGUAUUCAAACUGGUUUUACCAUAGGUGUGCAGCAGCUACAUCCAGCCUUCAUUCAGAGACCCUUUGGACUCACGCCUCACUAUGUUUACCCUCAAGCUAUCAUCCAGCCCAGCGUGGUGAUCCCUACCCCUGUGCAGUCCAUCACGUCUCCCUACAUUGACUACACCGCCGCCAGCCAAGCCUAUUCCCAGUACACCACAGCUGCCUACGAUCAGUACCCCUACGCUGCCUCUCCUGCUGCCGGCUUUGUGGGAUACGGCUACACGGGCACAGUCCAGCCUCCCAUCACCGCCAGCAACCCAGCGGCGCCCGCCACCGCUUUCGUGCAGUACCAGCCCCAACAGCUGCAGCCCGACCGCAUGCAGUGAGGGCCCUCCCUGCGCCUUCGCCACCGAGGACAAUCUUUUACAAUGGAAGGAUAUGACUAGGACAACAAAAGCGACAAAAAACCCCCAAUAAAAGAAAUAAAACAAACAAACAAACAAAAACCAAAAAGAAAAAAAAACACCACCCCACCCCUUCAUCCCCUUUACAUAGGUGCAUAUCAAUACCUAAGCUAUUUAUAGUGUUGAGGGCAAACCCAAACCCUUGCAGUCUGACUGUGCUUAUGAAAAUGGACUUCUGGUAAGGUUUGGUUUUUUUUGUAUUUUUUUUUCUCCCCUAAUCUGGACAGAUACUGUCUUGAAGAUGUUCUAAAAGUGACUGAAAUGUUUCACAGGAAAACUACAGAUUCUUGCACACAUCGUGGUCUGCUUCCAUCACCCGUGGUCUUCUUUCUGCCCCUACCCUGUCUGCCCCGUCAGCCCUUCCUUCCUCAUCAAACCUGCAGUCCUCUUAUUUACUGUUGAGGUACAGAGGUACUUGGAGAACAUGGAAAAAAGCAAUCUUAUUUUUUGGUUGUACAAAAACUUUGUAAUACUCAGAGAUGCCUUAGGAAAAAAAAAAAAGAAAAAGAAACUAUUUUUUAAUAUUUAUUGCGAUUUUAUUCGCAUGAGCUGUGAAUUACAGACAGAAGAAUAGUAGUAAGUAUCUGCCUUGUUUAAUUCUCAUUUUACUAAAUUAUUGUAUGUAGGUAAAAGUUCUUAAGUAAUUGCUGAAUCACUUCAACAUGCAAAAGGGAAUAUUGGCUUGAAGGAGAGCAGAAUAUUCCUUUAGUCAACGCACUGUACUAUUUUCUUAUUGUAAUUGUUACUCUGUUAAGAUUAUCUCAAAUUUAGGUAUAUUUUUAAAUGCAAAAAACCAACCAAGAAUACUGAACAUUUUGUCUACUUUGGUAGAUCUUUUGUUACAAUGCUGCAACCUAUGGAGACAUUUACAGUAUUUAUGUAAAACAGAUCUGGGGCUGUUGGCCAGCGAUGCUUAGGGGAAUAUCAUGAAUGGAGCAAAAGAGAAAAAGGUGUAAUGUCAUUGAACAUGUGGGUAAAGGUAACCUUUUAAUGCCUAUAAUCCAACAGCCAAAUAAAGGAAGAGAACAGAUGAUGUAAAUUAAGUGCAUUUCUACAAAGAACAGCAAUAAACUAUUUUAACUUUUAAAAUUA